AGAUUUGAAGGUGUUUGUUACGUGAUAGUUAUUUAUAUUAAUUGAAGAAAUUAAUUUCAAGAAAGUGAGACGCUUCUGGAAUUCGCAAAUAGAGUUACGUCACCGUGAAAGACACACUUUACAACACCUUCAGGGGAAGGACUGAUAAGAGCGGCCAACAAUUGUUUCUUCACUGAUGUGGAUAGAAGAACUUCGAUGCGAAUUUUGAUUUCGGAGCUUGUAAAAUUUCAUGGGUUUUAUCCGUCUGAAAAAGCAAAAAUUGCUCUAGCAAAGGCCAUUGUAAGAGUGUUACCUCUUUUGAAAGACGAUCACUCUACAAAAGUAUACGAACACUACUACGAUAAUGAAACAAGGCGUGUUUUUAUUGAAUUUCGUUUGUGGACUCUUCGCAAAAAGCUCAGCCCGUCAAAAAAAUACAGGACCAACCCUCAAGGACAUCACAAAGAAAUUUCUAAUAAUUUACAUGAAUUACUAUUAUCUACAGAAGAACUGGAUUUAAAGAUUGAUAAUCAAGGUAAGCACAUUUUCAAAGAAAAAGGUGACAACUUUCUGGCGAAAUUCCCAUCGUAUUAUUGCCCACGUAUCUUAGAAUACGCAAAGUUAAAUCUUAUAGAUAUAUAUAAAAAGUCACAAAAUCUGAGGGCCUUGAUUAUUCUUGCGAACUUGCUAUCACCCAAUAACGCAAGACAAAAUUCUUUGAAGCGUUCACUGGGAGAAACCGAAUGUGUAAAUAAUCAACCUGAAUCUGCUCGUCCUAUUCUUAAAAGACCGCUAAGUAUAAAAGAAGAAAUCGGUAGUCAUUCUGCCAAAGAACCUCGAAUAGAAUCUUCGAGCGAUAAUGGCUUUUAUGUCAUAACAACCGAUCUUUUGUCUAAAUUUCAUUUGCUACGAAGGGCUGCCGAUGGAAUAGAAUCGACCUCAGUCGAUCAAGAAAUGAACGACGAUCUCAGUACCUUUUUGAUCCGAUUUGUACCAUGCGUGAACGAUGAUAGUGCUAGGGUUAGUACAAAUAUACAGCCCUAUAUUGUCUGCGUAAAGGGACAAAAUAAUCGCAACUCAUUCUUCGUUCAAGGAGAUGGAUGGUUUGUACAACCUCACAACUGCAACCCGUUCACUGCUUUCGAUCUGCUUUUCAAAACUUAUUUUGCUCUAAAUCUCUGUUACCCUGGAAGACUUAACAAUUUCUACAACUUCAUUGAAACUUAUGUGUAUAGCUUGGGUAAAAAGUCUCGUGGAGUUGUCACGUCAUUAAAUGUAAAUUUGUCGAAUUUAAAGCUGGACAACGCCUGCAAUGCUUCCGCAUUUGACGAUGAUAACUAUAUGGACUGAGA